AUGUCCAACAUGUCCAACAUGUCCAGCAACCGUCCAUUCCUCUCCAACUUCCUCGCGGCCUUUCGCGCCCAAUCAACCUACAAAUCCACACAGGUCCAACAAGUAGGCUCGCAAAUCUCUCCACAGAUCUCCAGCCGCGCCAUCGCAUCAAAAGCCCAGCCCAGCUCGUCCACUGCCUCUACCUCUGCCUCGGCGACUGCCACACAGCACACACACACUGCCACGCAGGGCUCCGCUCAAACAUCCAACCACUACCACGCUGAAUCCUCUCCGCCACCCUCCGCCUCCUCAAACCCCAUCCCGAUCAACAGGGGCCCCGCUGAUCGCCAGCGCCGCGGGAGUGACUCCUCCAGUGGGUCGGGUGGAUUCCGAGACGCCAUCGGGCCUGAGAAGUGGUAUAUCGGUGGCCGCACGCCCGCCGGCGAAGAGCGCUUCUACCGUCUCGGCAUGGUUACCAAGGGUGGUGGUCGGCUCGGCGGCUCUGGGAGGGUAGGGAGCAUCGACCAGCUGAGUCUCUAG